GCGGCCGUGGCAGCUGCACUGCUCCCGGCCCCGGAGCAUGCGCGAGAGCCGCCCCGGAGCCCCCUGCCGCCCCGCCUGCGGCGCCCCGCGCCCCGCCGCCAGCGCACCCCCGGACGCUAUGGCCCACCCCUCCGGCAGGCCCCUCGUGUAGGAUGGUAGCACACAACCAGGUGGCAGCCGACAAUGCAAUCUCCACGGCAGCAGAGCCCCGACGGCGGCCAGAGCCUUCCUCCUCCUCCUCCUCCUCUCCCGCGGCCCCGGCGCGCCCGAGGCCCUGUCCCGCGGUCGCGGUCCCGGUCCCGGCCCCGACCCCGGGCGACACGCACUUCCGCACGUUCCGAUCGCACGCCGAGUACCGGCGCAUCACCCGCGCCAGCGCGCUCCUCGACGCCUGCGGCUUCUACUGGGGACCCCUGAGCGUGCACGGGGCGCACGAGCGGCUGCGCGCCGAGCCCGUGGGCACCUUCCUGGUGCGCGACAGCCGCCAGCGGAACUGCUUCUUCGCCCUCAGCGUGAAGAUGGCCUCGGGCCCCACGAGCAUCCGCGUGCACUUCCAAGCCGGCCGCUUCCACCUGGACGGUAGCCGCGAGAGCUUCGACUGCCUCUUUGAGCUGCUCGAGCACUACGUGGCGGCGCCGCGCCGUAUGCUGGGGGCCCCGCUGCGCCAGCGCCGCGUGCGGCCGCUGCAGGAGCUGUGUCGCCAGCGCAUCGUGGCCACGGUGGGCCGCGAGAACCUGGCGCGCAUCCCCCUCAAUCCCGUUCUGCGCGACUACUUAAGCUCCUUCCCCUUUCAGAUUUGACCAGCCGCGGAGGCAGCAUUAACUGGGGCGCCUUUUUUUUUUAUUUUUUUUUAUUAAUUAUUAUUUACCUGGAACGACGUGGGCGCCCUCCCUGCCUGGGUUGGAGGGAGCCGAUGUGGGGGGUGAGGCACCUCCCCUCUCGGCUGGAGACGAGGCUGUAGACCCCUUCCCACCUCUUGGGGGCGUGCCCCCCUCUUGGUGCUCCCUCUGGGUCCCCCUGGUUGUAGUAGCAGCUUAACUUAACUAUCUGGGGCCAGGACCUGAACUUGUACCUCCUACCUCUUCAUGUUUACAUAUACCCAGUAUCUUUGCACAAACCAGGGGUUGGGGGAGGGUCUCUGGCUUUAUUUUUCUGCUGUGCAGAAUCCUAUUUUAUAUUUUUUACAACCAGUUUAGGUAAUAAACUUUAUUAUGAAAGUUUUUUUUUUUAAAAGAAAAAAGGUUUCUAGAGUGUGUGCUUUGGUCAGAAGUUUUCCUUGGUUCUGAACGGGUCCCAGGGAGAGAGACCCCAAGACUGACCUCUUUGGAGGCGUGCGUGUCUGUGGCUAAGAGCACUGCUUGGUCCCCCCACUGCUCAGGAGAGAGGAACCGUGGGUCUAGUUUUGGUGAUGUGUGUUUGGACAAAAUGGCAGCUCAUGUUUGAGCACUUAAUGUAUACCUGGCCCUAUUCAGAGCUUUUCGUGCUUCAAUUUACUUAAUCCAAUAGAGACAAUCCUAUGAAGCAAGGCUCUUACCCUCAUUUUACAGAAGAGAAAACAAGUGCAGGGGUAAAUCUGCCUGUGGUCAUUCCUGUGUCAAAGAAGACACCUGGGCCUUUUGGCUGUCCCCAGAAUCUAUUUGAAAUGGAUGACUGAGGAAAUUUCAUUCUGUGACCACACUUGAAGGUGGAAGUGGAAGGAGGAGUGGCACAUUCUGAAACUCAGCAUCGAAGGAGACAUAUUUUAGAUGGGAUGGGGGAUACAGGGUUGGGCCUGACUUCCUUCCAACCUUGUUCUAUCUUGUGUACUUCUUGGUGAACAUACGACUUGGAGUCAGAAAGAAGCUCUGUGGUCUAUGGUGGCAGGAGGGCCCUGCUGGUGGCUUUGGGCAAUUCCCUUUCCCUCUUGGGGCCUCAGCGUGGACCUCUAAAAUGGGUUUGCUAGAGGAGGUGGUUGCUGGAACCCUUAGCAGCAGAAGUCUAUGCAUCACAGAGAAGGUGGUGGUUACAGCAGCCACAAGAGGGAAAGGUUGCUCUGGGAUGCUGGUGAGACUGGUCCAUAUCACCAGAAAGUCCUCACAACACAGGUUUUAUGCUCACUUCUGUGUCUGUGGCCGCCUGGCAGAUAAGCCAUGCUGGCAACUCAGGGCUGUACUACCGUACCCGAUGAAUUGAGUCAUUUUCAGGUUUAGGGUUAAACAGACAUUGCAGUUCAUUUUUAGAAGUUAGAAUGGCCCUCUGCAGCCUUGGACAUGCUUAUAAUGGAGUGUCCUAAUACUUAAUAAUACCUUUCAGACUCGAAAGUGCAGCAUAAAAUUAACUUGAGAGCUGGAGCUGCCCAGGCUUGUCUUAGGGAUUAAAUAGGUUCCAGGCCUCAAGGUGAAGGAUGGCCAGGAGAGAUUUAGGAUCUCAGAGAGCUUCAGCAAUUUCGUCCUUUAAUAAGGGGUGGGAGGGAAGGAAGUGAUGUCUCUGCCUCCAAAGAAUCACUGUUUUUUCUUCUGUUAACCAUCUCCCUGCCCUUUGCUCUCUGCUGUGUGGAUCAAGUCCUGUCAUCCAAGUCCUGUCCUUGUUAUGAUUGUCUUUGUUAUGAUUUUCCCCGUCUCCUACCCAGCUUGGGCAGUGCCUGGUGAAACAGGGAGAAAUCCAAGAA